ACAUACUAGCACCUUUAUCACAUAUUCAAUCUAUUCUCUUCACAUAGCACUUGAAACAAGCAGAACAGCAAAAUGUCACUCCCACGAACCCGCAUCGCAUCCCUCACCCUCCCCAUCCUACGAACUCAACUACGCCCAACGACAGCCCCCCUCGCAACCAGAACACUCCAACAACCACAACCAACCCGCUCAAUCUCCAUCAGCGGCGCCUACAACAAACUCUUCAGGAAAUGGCGCGGCGUGCCCCCCCAAGAACACGCCGUCGACCGCACAAAGCACAACGCCGACACCACAGAUCCCGAGACCAAAGCCUCUGGUCUGGGGAUGGAAGAGCGAGAUCGCAAGGAGGGCAUUGCCGAUCGGUCGCAGAGCCAGGCGACGACUGAGCGCGGGGGUUUGGCGUAUGGGAGGAAGGCGAAGGGCGAGCAUCCGAGGGCGCCGGAGCCGGUUAUUGGGAUGAAUGAUGAGAGGGCUCAGAGGGGUCAAUGAAUGGGUUUGAUGGAUUGGUCUAUUCUAUGGGAUAUGUACGAGUAUUUUUGCAAUGUUUCAUUAUCGAGCCAUCAGUGUACAUAGUAGUUACCGUCCGGGUUUGAAUGAGAGGACAUCAUGCUUUCCUACGGCCACAAUCUCAUCUUCAGACACCCGCGUACCACCGACACCCUCGAUGUAGGAAAUGGGCACGUCGCCCAUGACCUUUCGCGCAACAUCGCCCACUGUGCUGUUUCUAUUUGAAGUCAGCAGACAGACAUAAUCCGGUGCAGCUAGAUACUCACCUCUUGACCAAAACGCAGUCCCGGAAAACAGCUGUUCCCGCACCAGAUGAGAACGUGUGCAAGUU